AUGUAAAAACAUACUUUUGACUAUGUUGCCUAUAACCAAAAAGACAUCUCUCUAUCUCUUUCUCUCUCUCUCAUCCUAUUUCCAAGAAGCUCACAAUGCUUUUGAAUUCUCUCACAUGUCUUUUGACAAUUUUAGUAUAAAUACUUAACCCAUCAGUCAGUCAUUCUCAUAUGUUCAUCAACAACAUUUGAUCUCAAGCUCAUAAGAAUUUGAUCUCCACAUUAUAUCUUGAUCGUCACCACAAGACAAAAACUACCAACUUUAUUUUAUCAUCAAUCACAACAUAUAAUCAAAGAGAUGGGAAGAGCUCCAUGCUGUGAGAAGAUGGGGUUGAAGAGAGGACCAUGGACGCCUGAAGAAGAUCAAAUCUUGGUCUCUUUUAUCCUCAAGCAUGGCCAUAGUAACUGGCGAGCCCUCCCUAAGCAAGCUGGUCUUUUGAGAUGUGGAAAAAGCUGUAGACUUAGGUGGAUGAAUUAUUUAAAGCCUGAUAUAAAACGAGGAAAUUUCACCAAAGAAGAAGAGGAUGCUAUUAUCAGCUUACACCAAAUCCUUGGCAAUAGAUGGUCAGCGAUUGCAGCGAAAUUGCCUGGAAGAACUGAUAACGAGAUCAAGAACGUAUGGCACACUCACUUGAAGAAGAGACUCAAAGAUUAUCAACCCGCUAAACCUAAGACCAGCAACAAAAAGAAGGGUACUAAACCAAAAUCUGAAUCCGUAAUAACGAGCUCGAACAGUACUAGAAGCGAAUCGGAGCUAGCUAAUUCAUCAAACCCUUCUGGUGAAAGCUUGUUUUUGGCGUCACCUUCGACGAGUGAGGUUUCUUCGAUGACACUCAUAAGCCACGAAGGACAUAGCAACGAGAUUAAUAUGGAUUACAAACCGGGAGACAUCGGUACUAUAGAUCAAGAUUGUGUUUCUUUAGAAACUUUUGGUGCGGACAUCGAUGAGAGCUUCUGGAACGAGACACUUUAUAGCCAAAGUGAACACAACUAUGCCUCGAAUGACCUAGAAGUGGCUGGUUUAGAUGAGAUACAACAAGAGUUUCAACACUUAGGCUCCGUUAAUUAUGAGAUGAUUUUCGAUAGUGAGAUGGACUUCUGGUUUGAUGUAUUGGCGAGAACAGGCGGGGAACAAGAUCUCUUAGCCGGGCUCUAAUCAAAAUGUUUUAGGAGUAAAGUGAAAUGGUGCAAAUUAAAGUGGUUAAAGCUAAGAAACUCAAAAGUUUUGUUUACCAAAAAAAAACACUCUGACUGUUGAUGUGAUGUUAGUUAGUAUAUUAAUUAGAGGCUGCGUUAUCAAAAAAUUGUAUUCAUUUGUUUCUCCAAGAUUGAGUAGUUAGCUAGUACGACUACUAAUCAAAGAGUCCAUGUAUGUUAAUAUUGUCUAGUUGAUGAAAUAAUUAACCAAGAAACAUUGGAUGCCACUA